CACCACUUCUCAACUUGCUGUCGGCAUUAUCGGUCGGUGUGAUCCCGCGCAGUGAAACCUAUUCCGCUAUAAUAUCAUUAAACACAGUCCCCUUUUUUGCGAGCGAAAUGGGUAAACUUACGGUGGCGAGUUUUCUGCUGACGGUGGUGCUGCUGGUGCAUUACGUCGCUGCCGAGCAGAAGAAACCGGACGAGAAGCUUGCCCGCGUUGAUGGUGUGGACGAACUGGCGAUGAUUCAACCGCUGGAGGCUGUGCUGGGCGAGCUGGAAGGAUUGCGCAUUCGACGAGCGGCCCAGGGUGGUGGCGGACAGGGUGGCGGGCAGGGUGGCCCCGGUAAGGGUGGACGCCGUGGACCUCCGGAUGGUAACCCGGGACAGGGUGGUGGACAGAGCGGGGGCCAGGCCAGUGGCGAAAAUUAAAGCCGAGUUCGGAGGCUUUAAGAGCUCUUGCUGAAUAUAUGUAGUGAUUCUUUGAUAGCAUCUGAAUGGA